UGUGCUAAUGCCGUUCAAUGAGAAACUACCGGUCAUACUUACGUGUGACGCUUCACCUUACGGAGUGGGUUCCGUCCUAGCACAUUUAUUGCCAGAUGGGUCAGAGCGUCCGAUUUCAUAUUAUUCAAAAACUCUAAAAAAAUCAGAACGGAACUAUGCACAAAUAGAUAAGGAAGCGCUAGCGAUUAUCACAAGUAUCAAAAAGUUUCACGAAUAUUUGUACGGCAGACCAUUCUUGAUAUAUACGGACCACAAACCGUUGUUGGGUUUGUUUUCACCCUGCAAACCCACUCCAAAUACCAUUUCAGAGAGGAUGCUUCGCAACAUUAUUUUCUUAAGCGCCUACAAUUACAAUCUGCAGCACAAACCAGGAAAGGAAAUCGCUCAUGCCGAUGCGUUAAGUCGUUUACCAGAUGACAAAUCGAUUGAUUCUGAACAAGACGAAGAAGAAGAAGUAGUCUUAAUGAUCGAACUACUAGAUUCGCCACUGCUACAGGCGAACGACAUUGCAAAAGAGACCAAAAAAGACAAGAUAUUGUCAAGUGUCUUACACUGGACUUUAAGAGGUUGGCCAACUACAACUGAACCAGACUAUAAGGUGUUUUUUGAUCGAAGGAACGAGAUUUCAUCUAUCAGAGGCUGUUUAGUAUGGGGUCAGAGAGUGAUAGUCCCUGAAACUCAUCGUUCAAAGCUUCUAACCGCACUUCACGCAAACCAUCCUGGGAUAGUUCGUAUGAAGGCUUUGGCAAGGAGUUAUGUUUGGUGGCCGAAAAUGGAUUAUGACAUCGAACAGACAGUAAAGCGGUGCAAUAUCUGCCAGCAAACGCGUUCUGACAUAUCUCCUAUCAAAGGAUAUACUUGGGAGGAAGAAAAAAAUCCUUGGUGCAGGAUUCACAUAGACUUCGCGGGUCCAUUCAAGGGAAAUCUUUUCUUUCUAGUUGUAGACUCACACUCCAAGUGGUUGGAGGUACAUCAGCUGUUUGCUAUCCAUGGCAUACCCGAUGUCAUUGUUUCGGACAAUGGCUCAGCGUUUACAUCCUAUGAUUUUAAAACAUUUUGCGAAAAUAAUUUAAUAAAACAUAUCUUUUCAGCUCCAUUUCACCCAUCAACAAAUGGCCAAGUGGAGCGAAUGGUACGCACUACAAAAGAAUAUUUAAAAAAGGUUCCAAACGGAGAUAUUCGUUUACGUCUAGCACGAUUCUUGUUAGAUCAACACGUAACACCACAUUCUUCUACUGGGCGGUCACCUGCGGAGUUGCUUUUUAAUCGGCGACCUCGCACAUAUUUCGACAAACUGCAUCCUGAAUCGAUACCAAUUCAAGUACGAGGUUCACAGCAACAAGAUGUCUCGAAGCAAAACAAUUACGAUAGUGGUGAACCAGUUUGGUAUCGGAAUUAUGCACAAGGACCAAGAUGGGAACCAGGUCUAAUAUCAGAAGUUAAGGGUCCUGUUUCUGUAGUCAUCGAAUCCAAAGGUGGGAAGGAAAUUCAUCGUCAUGCAGAUCAGAUCCGUCGUAGGUCUGUAGAGCAGAGAUCUGACAAUCCUACAGCAGAUAUGCUACCACCACCAGUUGUUACGUCAUCAGCAAUUCGACCAGAACCUCGCCGAUCAGAUAGGCUUCGCGAAAAUACUCAGCCUAUUGUAGUACCCAUACAACCUGAAGUUCGUCGAUCGGAUAGACUCCGCAAAAAGACUCAGACUUCGGAAGUAGUUUCAUCUUUGGGCGAAGGAGUGUUACAUACUCACCCUGUAAUCGUUGAGUAA